AUGAAGUAUAACUGGGAAGGCUAUGCCGCGCUUAUACAGAUGGUUCAGAUGCACGGUCUCAAACUCCACGUCGUUAUGUCUUCCCAUCAAUGUGGAAGAAACGUUGGAGCCUUUUGCAGUAUGCAACCAUGGGUGCUUGAAGAAAUCAGUAAGAACCCUGAUCUUGUCUACACAGACAAAUCUGGGAGAAGGAAUCCAGAGUAUAUCUCCUUGGGAUGUGAUUAUGUGCAUUAUUUGAGAUCGUCGCUUCAAGCAUAUGCUGAAUCAGUCGAGAAGACUAACUGGGGAACAAGUGGGCCUCAUGAUGCUGGCGAGUACAAGAACCUACCAGAAGAUACUGAGUUUUUUAGGAGAGAUGGAACAUGGAACAGUAUAAAUAAAUAUGGAAAGUUUUUCAUGGAUUGGUAUUCAGGGAAGCUACUGGAACAGGGACACAAACUUCUAGCUUCAGCGAAAGCAAUCUUUCAAGGAACCGGGGCAAAGCUAUCAGGAAAAGUAGCCGGAAUAUACUGGCACUACAACACCAGGUCAAACGCUGCUGAGCUAACCGAUGGGUAUUACAAAUACAACACAAUAAACCAUGACGGGUACUUACCAAGUAAGCUGUUCAACACACAUGGUGCUGUGUUCAGCUUCACCUGCAUGGAGAACAACCUGAAUUACGCAAACACGGCAAAUUGCUCGCCGGAAGGUCUGGUUAAACAAGUGUAGAAGGUGACAAGGCAGGCUGGAACUGAGCUAGCAGGGGAGAAAGCGUUAGAGAGAUAUGACUGGAGCGCGUUCUGACAAGUGGUUGCAACGAAUAGAUCAGAUUCUGGAAAGGGGUCGACACAAUUUACUUACCUAAAAAUGAACAAGAGGUUGUUUGCGGGUCAAAACUGGCAGCAGUUAGUGGAGUUUGUUAAGAACAUGAAGGAUAGACGACUCUCUGAAGAAGACACAACAAGAAGUGAGGUUUAUGUGGGAUUUGUCAAAGGCAGGAGGAUCAUUGAGAAGGUUGAAGAGACUUCUCUAGUUUAAUUUCUCACAUAUACUGUAUCCAUAGGCGAUCUUGAACAUAAUGAGAUGAAACAUUCUCGUCCCCAAAUUUAAAUAUCAAAUAACAAUAUGUAUUGAUCAUUUAGUCUCAAAUAAUCAACGGCCCUGAUUGUAAAGUUCAUGUUCUUGAUGUCUAAUACAUAAUAAACAUGGGAGAUGAGAGAGUACAGUGUUACAAUCUUUAUGAUCUUAAUCAAUGUGGUUUACACUGAUAGUAAAUGUUUCAUAUAACUCA